GUGCAGGGAAGCGUUCUAUUUCACCCAAUGGACACUGACAUUUCACUACAUUAAUGUUUAUAAUUGUUCAAAAGACGGAAAAGCACAAACGUUAAAGCUGUGAAUAAGUUAAAUCCCGUUUCCUGUAAACGUGUGCUUGUUCACAUAGACCUGACGUGAAGCGCAUCGCGUGUCGGGUCCAGAUCGGUUUCCCGUAGAGACAUCCGACACCGCGCGGUGAAUGCGUGACGGGUGGUGCCGCCGCACAGCGAAGCCCGUCCGGCUCCAGACAGGACGCGCGCGAGCGAAGAUGACGUUCAUCGCCAAGACGUUCUACGACCUGAAGGCCACCACGCUGGAGGGCGACGCCGUGGACUUCAACGUGUUCCGCGGACGGGUGGUCCUCAUAGAGAACGUGGCCUCGCUCUGAGGAACCACCACCCGGGACUUCGGCGAGCUCAAGCAGCUGCAGAGCAAGUACCCGCACCGGCUGGUGGUCCUGGGGUUCCCCUGUAACCAGUUCGGGUAUCAGGAGAACUGCUCCAAUGCAGAGAUCCUGUCGUCGCUGCAGCACGUGCGUCCCGGCGGCGGCUUUCAGCCCAAUUUCACCAUGUUCGAGAAGUGCGACGUGAACGGGACGAACACGCACCCCGUGUUCGCGUACCUGAAGGACAAGCUGCCUUUUCCCGACGACGAGCCCAGCUGCCUCAUGCAGGACCCCCGCUUCCUGGUCUGGAGUCCCGUCAGCCGCAACGACGUGUCUUGGAACUUCGAGAAGUUCCUGGUCGGUCCCGAGGGAGAGCCGUUCAAGCGCUACAGCCGGAAGUUCCCCACCGCCGACAUCGAGCCCGACAUCCAGAGACUGCUGAGACUGACCAAGACGUAAACAGGCCCCGUCCAGUCUGCUGAUAUUGUGUCCUCCACACUGUUAGGCCUCAUUAAAUGAGGAUGAUGUUCUGAAAUGCUUAGGGAACGUCAUCUGAGCCGUCAUAAGUGUUUAGCAGUAGUGGAUGAAUUCAAUAUGUUUUUCAAACCCUGUAUGAAGUCAAAUAAAAAAAGUAGCAAAAGGAGCAGUUCCGAAUAUUACUCCUUGAAACAAGACAUCUCUUUGUGACCUUUAGCUUCGUGUCCUUCGUGUUUUUGUCCACUAGAUGGCGCUGCUCAUCUGAUCAUGCAACUUCCAUCAAGCUUUCAUGAAUUGGCUUAAACUUAAAAAAAUAAAA